AUGAGACGAUCUAUUCUGAGCCACUUUCCUCAGGCGCUGGCCAUCUUUGCGGGCUCCCUCAGUGUCACCACAGCGCAAUCUUCCGAUGCUGCACUGUGGCCGCUGCAGAAGUACAAGAGCUCGUCGAUUCAGACGCCGUUCAUGAAUGUCACCAAGAUGGGCCAAACGGAGCCUGGGUUCCUGUUCUUUACACCGCAGGACAUUAUUCGAGGAGACGGACAUCCCGUCAUUUAUUCAGACGAUGGUCAGUUGGUGUGGCAGGGCGCCAAUGGGAACUACUCGGCGCUCCAGCCGCAGAUGCUAGAAGGUGAGCCUGUGAUUUCAUAUUGGACAGGGUACGCCGGUAUAGGCUUCGGAUUCGGGUACAUCAGUAUCCUGAACAGCUCAUACGACGAAAUCCACCGCGUCACGCUGGACUGCAAGACCGAAAACUUUGUCACAGUCUUCGACCCAAUGACCUUUAACUCGUGCAUCGAUAUCCACGAGAGCCAGUUCACCGACAACGGCACCAUCCUGAUCACUGCAGUCAACGUGACGCAGGCCGAUCUCAGCGCUGUGGGCGGCCCCAAGAAUGGCUGGAUCCAGGAUGGGCUGAUCUACGAGAUCGACAUCAAAACAAAUGAAAUCCUCUUCCGCUGGAGUGCGCACGAGCACAUCGACCAGGUUCCUUUGAGCGAUGUGCGCGUUCCACUUGAGGGUAGCGGUGUCAACAAGACGGAUCCGUACGGAUAUUCUCAUCUCAAUUCUAUCCACAAAUACGGUGAUAAUUACCUGCUGUCCUCCCGGUACAUGUGCAGUGUCUUCUUCAUUGCUCCUAACGGCACUGUCAUCUGGCAUCUUCAUGGCCGAACUGGUGGUGAUUUCACACUGGGCCUAGGCACCAGCUUCUGCUACCAGCACGACGUCCGUUUCGAGUCCCAAACCUCGGAGCGCGUGACACUGAGCAUGCACAAUAACGACAAUACCGACUUUACUGGCCACGCAGCACUCACGACAGGCAUGGUGCUAGACGUCGAGCUACAGGGCUCGAAACAAGUGACACUGAAGAGCCGGAUGUGGGAUGCCGACGAGCCCGUGUACGCUGAAUCCCAGGGUAGCUAUCAGGUCCUGAACAACAGACAUGUUUUGCAGGACCAUGGCGCCACGCCCAAGUUUGAGGAGUACGACGAGGACGGCACAAUCGUCAUGCGUGCUCACUUCGGCUACGAUAAUACAAUGCAGACUUAUCGCACCUACAGAUACCCCUGGGUUGGGCGCCCAGCUACCAAGCCGGAUGUCUUGGCGUGUCCAUCUAGUGAGAGCACGAAGACUGCUGUGUACGUGAGCUGGAAUGGCGCGACAGACGUACAGUCGUGGAAGGUAUACUCUGGCUCUAAUAUUGAGCAAUCUGCAGUGCGGAAUGGGUUCGAGACUACUAUGUUAGUGGAUGGACUUUCUGGUAGCGACUCCUUGGUUGUCGAGGCAGUGGGUGGUGUUGGUGAUGGGGUGAGAUCCGAGCCUGUCACUGCUGGCCAGGGAUGCUUAAAGACUUAG